GCACGUCACGUAAAGCUUAAUGGACAUGCUAAUACGAUAAGAUCUAUUUGCCCUUUAAUUACCGUCGACUCUUUCUCAUUUUUCAACUGGGCCACGAGAACAUGAGGUUGACGAAGGCGAACUUGAGCUUUUUUAAAAGGAUCAUAAUAUACUUUUCAAAAAGUUCGAUCCACGGCCUUAAAUACAUAGCCCAGGCCGACAGGCACAUUACAGAAAGGAUUUUUUGGGCUCUGGCUUGCUCAGUCGCAACGUACGCUACUGUUUUGCUCUUGGUCGCAGCUCAUUACAAUUCUGAAAACAGCCCUGUCAGUUUUGUAGUCAGUUCUGCAUAUCUGGAUUGGAAUACAUCUUUUCCAGCGGUAUCUCUGUGCGAAACAGGUUCCCUCGACAAAAUUGAUCUUGCUAGGAAAAGAUUAUACGGGGUCAGUAGUUCGAAAAACCUUCUAUUCUACGUUAAUGACAUCGCCUAUUUCAGGGGCAUCUGCGAAUCAUGCGAAUACAGGUGUUCUUAUGAAUUUAAUUGCACCGAAGACUAUGAAACAAUAGUUAAUGCGGCGAGGCUUAAACUGGAAGACUUAAUUCUUCAGUGUGCUUGGAACGAUGUGCCUUUUAACUGUUCUGAAAAGUUUGCCCUUGUGUCAACAGAACUUGGGCCUUGUUAUACCAUGAAUUCAUUUCAUUCAAAUAUGAAACUGAAUGAUUUUGUUUCAAAUCGACAAAUUGGACUAGGAAAAUUGAAACUAUCCAUCAGUACUACUGAAGUGAGGGUUUUUAUUCAUCCACAUGAAGAUAAGCCAUUCCCAAACACAUACAUACAACCGCAAAUUGACAUAAAUGGCUUUGAAUCUUUUGUCACGCUGCUUAAGAUCGUGGAAAUAGAAAAUGAUCCAAACUUACGGAGUUUGGCGAUUUCAAAGAGAAAAUGUAGAUUCCCGGAUGAAAACUAUCUAAAAUAUAGCAAAUGGUACAGCUAUUCGGGAUGCAUAGAAGAAUGUAGGCUGAACCAUACAAUAGCACUGUGUAACUGCACGCACCAUUUCCAGCCCAGAGUUGCUGGAGUACAGCGUUGCAGUGUAGCUCAACUAACCUGCUUGACAAGAAAUGACCUAUAUUUGAGAAAGUUGAAAAGUCCUGGGGAAAUGGGAAUGGAAUGUAACUGCAUGGGGACCUGUAUUGAAUCGGAAUACAGUAAAAUUAAAACCAUAACAGUAAUAUUUUGGUCAGUUGUAUGCUCGGCUGCAGUGUAUGCAACAUUCCUUCUUGUAUCAGCUACUUGGUACAACUUUCAACACAAUGCCGUCAGCUUUGUAGUCGAGACGUCAUAUCUUGAUUGGAACACGACCUUCCCGACUGUGACAAUAUGCGAGAAUGAAGCCCCAGACAAAAUAUUUGAUUUUAGUAGAAAGUUGUUUGGCAAAGUAAGAAACAUGAAUCUGGAUUUUUACCUAAGGGAUAUCACUUUCUUUGAUGGCACAUGCAACUCUUGCUCCAUGCAUUGUGGCAUCACCAUGAACUGCACAGAAGACCUAGACAUGCUGAUCAAUGAAUUAAGGUCGGGAUGUGCCAAUUUAAUUGGUUCGUGCUACUGGAACGGCCGACAGUUUGAUUGUUGCAAGCAUUUUCUCCCAUUAAUAACAGAAUUGGGAGUCUGUUAUUCCCUCAAUUCCUUACAAACAAAAAAGUAUAGCAGUGAAUGGCUUGAUUUGGUUUCGAAUAAAUAUACAGGACCAGGAUUUCUGAACAUGAUGGUUUACGAAUCAGUGAAAGUGUUUAUACAUGCAGAAGAAGACGUCCCUUAUUUGAAUCAUCCUCAAGAUGAAAAGGCGGUUCUUAAUUGGGGUCUCGAAUUCGAAAUGACUUUCCAGGUCAAUGAGAUUGAAAAUGACCAACAGUUGCAAAAAGUUUCCGUUGAACAAAGAAAUUGCAGGUUCCCGUCUGAAAACCCUUUUAACCUGUACAAGUUCUACAGUUAUUCUGCUUGUGUGGUCAAUUGCAGAGCGGAAGCUCAGAAGAGACUUUGCAAUUGCACACAUCAUUUUAUGCCAAAACAAGACGGAGUACAAACUUGUGACAUAAAAGGUCUUACAUGUUUAUCAAAACACUCAGAAAUGCUUAGAGCACUACGGACAUCAGAGAGUAAAAAGAAAGGGCUCGUCUGCAAUUGUAUGUCUAGCUGUUCAGAACCAGAAUACACUGUCAUAUCCAAAAUAUCAUCAAGAGUAGAAGAUAUAUAUGGAUCAAAGAUAUCCAUAAUCAUGGACAACCUGCCUUCACAGAGAUUUAAGAGGAAUGUCGUACGAUCCCGUCUUGACCUUGUCGUGAGCAUUGGUGGAACAGUUGGAUUAUUUCUGGGCGCCAGCAUCUUGAGCACCGUUGAAUUGGUUUAUUUCAUUUUUCUACGUUGGUCGUACCAAGAGAAAACAGUCAAUGACCGACCAACAAGGAAAAUGAAUACAUUAAACAGAACUAAGUUGAAAACUAAUGUAAAAAAGAAUUAUAACAUAACAAACCCUCAUAAACAUCAGCAGUUUUACUCUGAUUUCAGAUAUCCAAUUCUUUAGUCAAACUUGUACAGCAAUAAUUUUACU